AUGACGGUUCCGACGCUUGGACAGGACCAGGCUCCGCCGAGUGUCGCAGUUAAACCUCCAGAACCUGCUAUGGAGGCUGACCAUCCCACAGCCCUGCAGCAGACGACAGCUCCUCCAACAUACCUCGAGGCGACACUUCCACAUCCAGAGCAGCUUCAGGCUCAGCGUCCAUACCUGACGGAAGUCACAGUUCAACCUUCAGACCUGGAACUGACCAUAAGUGCAGAACCCGCUAAGGGGGAUGAACCUUCUGCAGCCACGCAGGAGACCCCAGCUCAGACUCUGGAGCCACCUAAAGAGGUUGUGGUCCAGCCUCCAUUGUAUCAGUCUGUGACGAAUGCAGCGCCAGGUCAGGACCAAGCUCCAUAUCCAACAUUGCCCAAUGCCCCGGUUCAGCCUUUGGACGUGGUGCUUACUGUGACUCCAGAACCUACCACGGAGGUUGAACAUCCUACAACUCCCCCCCCAAACCCCACUGAGGCGACGCUUCCACGUCCAGAGCAGGUUCAGCAUCAGCAUCCAGCCUUGACUGAAGUCACGGUUCAGCCUCUGGACCUGGGACUUAGCAUAACAACGGAACCCACGAAGGAGGAGGAACCUUCUCCAGCCACGCAGGAGACCCUAACCCAGCCUCCCGUAAGUCAGAGCCAAACAGUUCUACCACCACAUCAGGGUCAGGCUGAGCUUCCAACGUCACCCAGUGUCACAAGUAAGCCUGUGGACCAGGAGCCUACCACAACUGCAGAACUCACCACGGAGGCUGAACAUUCUACAGGCCUGCAGCAGACUACAGCUCCCCCUAUAGAACACCCUGAGACGACACUUCCACAUGCAGACCUGACUCAAGUCACAGUUCAACCUGUGGACGUGGAACUGACUGAAACCACAGGAUCCGGUGUGGAGGCUGAACCUCCUCCAGCCGAGCAAGAGACCCCACCUCAGCCUCCAGAGCCAUUGCAUCAGGAGGUGACAGUUCCAGCUCCAAGUGAGGAUCAAAGUCAGGAGCCUACCACCACUCUACGCCCUACUGCAGAGGCUGAACCUUCUACAGUCCUGCAAGAGACGACAUCUCCCACUCCAGAAUACCCUGCGGUGACACUUCCUUACCCAGGCCUGACUCAAGUCACAGCUCCACCUGUUAGCAUAACUUCUCAGCCAGGGUCAACUGAGACAAUCCUUCCUUCUGCGCAGUCUUCGGUGGUGCACUCCGCCCAAUACCCCCCAGAAAAGGAGCAGUCAGAACAGAGUGUCGUCGCAGAGCACGUCGACAUAUGUGAGCUGUGUACCUGCAGAAAUGAGACGCUGUCGUGCACUGGACUCAGCCCAAAUCAGAGGCUCCGCAGUGUGCCUGUUCUAGGGCCCAAGAGCUACAACCACACCUUCACCGUCUUAGAUUUCCAAGGAAACGCUAUUUCUUACAUUGAUGGAAAUACAUGGAAGGCAUUCCAGUGGGUUGAGACACUAAUUCUCAGGGAUAAUGCUUUGACCGAGUUACAUAAGGAUUCCUUUGAAGGCUUGCUGUCCCUCCGGUAUUUGGACUUAUCCUGCAACAAAAUACAAUCUAUUGAAAGACGUACAUUUGAAUCGCUACCUUUUUUGCAAUAUGUGUAAGUUGCAAAUAUCAACGUCAUUAUGUUGGAAUUGUUAUAAAGACUAUUUGUUUAAUGAAAGUAAUUUGUUACUCAUUUUGGAAUACUAAAAUUGCUACAAAAACGAUGGAGGAAAUCUCUUUUUGUCUCUAGUAAAGAUUAGCCUGGGAAUUAUUGCACAUAUCGGAGUGACUAAUCAU